CUGAUUAUUAUUCGGGUGUCAUCAUGGCACCCAUUUGUCGUGCGCGGCUGCUGUCCGAUCUUAGUGGACAGGCCGCUUGUGACAAGGAGGCAACAUCCUCCGACGGACGGUUGUGCGCGUUCCAUUCUCGUCAAUGUCAAGCUCUAUAUCGAGGAUACAAAAAACGUAAUGCAGAACUCGACAUACUGUCCAGCAAACCGCCAUCCUAUCUUGCAGGCAAGAAGGGCUCCGUAGCGUCCAAUGACUUCGCAGAUGCCGAUGAUGAAGCAACGCUCAAGAUAGUGUAUGACUAUCUAUUCAAAACCUAUCAACUACUAGACCGGGUCAUCCGAGCCCGCAAGUUGCAUCACAGCCAUUUCUUCGCCAUCGACAAUGACUAUGGCCAUCAGAAGUAUCUUGACAAGCUUCUCAACGACAAACAGACCAUGGCCAAGGCUCUCGAGAAGCUCGGAAAACGUGCCGCUACCGUCAUGUAUGAGCAAAAGCAGUGGUUCAACUGGGUCAAAGAGGCUCAAGCCAAGGAAGAGAAGGAGGGCGAGACCGAGUCCAAGAAGGUCAAGCUUGAGUCGUUGUUGUUUCAGCGCCACCAGAAGGAGCUUAAGCGCCAGCAACGCGAGAUGAAAACGAAGGAAGAUCAGAAGCAGCAAGAGCAGUAUCUAGACGAGACGUACGAGCAACGUCUCUCCGACAUGUCCGAAGAAGAGCAAGACGACUGGGACCCGAUCAAGGACGUCUAUGGUUAUGAGCGAGACAACUACAUUGAGCUCAUCAAGUACUUCCUUAUGCUGCAGGAUCAGGAGCUCGACGGUGCAACCGAGGAUGGGUCUGCUGAAGCCAAUAUUCCCCAGGUCAACGACGCUUCCGGAUCGGCUGCUCCUGCGAAGGCACUUUCUAAGAGCGCUAAGAAGCGAGCGAAGAAGGCCAAUGCGGAGACCAAGAAGCUGGCAGAUCCCACGUUGCAGACUGAGGAUGGUAGGGGGGCGAAUGUGAUCGAAAUGGAGACGAAGGAGCAGAUGCGAGAACGUCUUCGCAAGCCUGUCAGGUUCGAGCGUGCGACAGGUUGGUACGUGCAGGGUAUUGGCCCGAACGGCUACAACGCUCAGACGCCAGUCAUCCCAGAUGAUGAGAUCGAACAGCUCUUGGAUGAGGUUGCUGAGAUCAAGAACUUCCUCUUUUGUCGACUACUACUUACGCAAUCAACUCUACUCCCAGUCGCACUCAAGGCUGAGAGCAUCGAAGAGUUCACUGGAAAAGAAGAGGUCACGCGUGAGCAUCUCCGCGAUCUCUGCCUGAAGCUAGAGCGACCGGUGCUGCAAGAUGUCCGCGAUGCGUGCGCUGACUUUAUCCGUGAAAGAGAUGGAGUGGAGGACAUUGAGGAACCUACAGAAAAGAAAGAACCGGAUGAUUACGCCGACACUUACAAGACACCUGACAAAUACCGACUCAGGUUCAAGAAAGGCAAAGUUCCCGACAACUUCAAGACAAAGCGUGAGAGGUCUGCAAAGAAUGCUAGCAAGAAGCAAAAUGACCUGUAUCAGGAAGAGAAUGACGGCGUACUGGACUUUGGCAAGGUCACAGACGAGAGCCAGUACACUCGCAAACGAACCCGCAUCAAGAUCUGCGGGCGCAACAUGUAUAACUACCCCAGCGAGAAGGCUCUUACUCGCGGUGGUUGGUUCCACUUUUCGAUCAUCGCCAAAGACUCUGACCUCUUCGAUGCUGUGGAGCUUUGCCGCAACUGGAACGAGUUCUUUGAGCUGAACAUUCUCUGCUUGUAUCACUACUUUCCGGCUCCAAAGUGGACCAAGUUCAUUGGCGAUCUAGCGCGCCAACAGCUGCUCCAGCUAGGAUUUAUACCAUACUUCCAUGGAGACAAGGCAGAGAAAGUCACGAACUACUUCCAGACAGGAAGUCGCGGAAUGACUCGUCGAGCACAUCAGCAUACCGAGAUGAGGAACUUUGUCUGUGGUCAUAUCAAGCGUGACGAUCCCGUCAGCCGACGCUUCAUCCAGUAUCUUGCCAUGGAAUCUUGGGAACUACGUGCUCUGGUACGAGAUGCGAAGACUGGUCGCGUCCUCAUCUCGCCGCCUGAAGACGAGCUUUGGCUGCUUCGAGAAAAGAGCGGUUGGGGCAGGGCCAGCAGGAACGAGUACGAGGUCCUUGGAGAAGUUGGUCCCACUUUCUUCGAGGCGAUGGACAAGUCUCGGAAAUGGCAUUUUGGCUUUGAGGAGUUCUAUGAUGUUUACAUCUGGGACUCGAGUCCGGGCCGCUCCUUCUUCAUCUUGCAGAGGAAGAUUGAGGAGGUACUCACCCGUGCGAUGAGAGUGCGGGAGCUCAAAGACAUGUUCUCUACCGCUGGUCCGAUUCUCAAGACCUUGACCAAAGAUCCCGUCACAGAGCGUGUACGAAGCAUCAAGCCAGAUGAAAUGGUAGAAAGUAUCUGGGACGGCCUCGACAAGAACGCUCGAGCCUGGUCAUGGUCACCACAAGAUGGCUUUGGCAAAGAAGGUUUCGAAGACAGUUACAAGUACACCGAAGCCGAUGAGCUGGAAGACGCGAUCUUGUUCCCACUCGAGAACACCGGGCUGCUGCCUAACGACCUCUACUAUCACAUUCCCAGCGCCAUGGAGAUGUUCGAGACGAACCCAAUCGACAUUCGCAGGUUCGCCGCAGACCUAGAUACCGACGAUGAGGUCGAGUCUUCAGAUGGCACUGAUCUCGGCGAAGCUGAAGACGACGGCGAUUCCGACUGGGCCGAUGAGAGCGAGGCUGGCUCCGAGUAUGUCCUGGAAAGCGAGCUUCGACCUGGGGAAAGCGACGACGCUCACGAAGCGAACCAAAUUCUCAGCGAGCAGUUCAAAUCACUAACGCUGAGGGAGCCUGACUACUUCAUACCAAUUCUGCGCGAUCCAAACUCGAAGAGGGCCAAGAAGCUGCCAAAGUCAGUCAGGACCAAUUCUGAGGAGCUCAUGUGGGCCUGUCGGUUCGCCAUGCGGUGUCAGCAGGAAUAUGAUGACAGCCAUGGAGGCAUGGAGGCAGACUUCUACCGGCACAUUGAUCGUCAGAAGAGCAAGGUUUUCAAGCAGAGUUUCCAUCUCGGAGAUGCAGAGCCCUACGCUCUCGCACGCUACGUCGAGCAUAAGUAUAUGGUCGAUGCCAUGGACGACUUCAUCAUGUCUCGAUGCGUCAACCCCGAGCCCUUCGAGCUGUGCAAGACCAUGCACAUGGCCGACAUGUUCCGCGAGGAGCGCCGCGUCGUCGACGAUGCUUUUAGAGCUUACGCAGCCAUUGCGGUCUUCUUCGAGAGCGACGCGUUCCUCGCUUCUGAGCAUGGCGAACCGUGGAGAGACACGAAACUGCUCGAUCAGGAGGAACGAGCGAAGCAUGUCCCCGAUCGACGGACGCAUCAGAGCAACAAAUCGAUGCCGAAAGAGUUCUGGAAGGACUGGGAUGAGCUCCUGAAGAGAAAUGAGAGGACCUCUGAGGAUGUCGUCGAUGACAUCUACCCAAUGGAGUGGCGCAAGGCUCUGCGCCCCAUCAUUGUCAAGCUAUUCAAAGCAGGCGUCAUAUGCAGUUCCUACGGCGGCCAAGCAGCCGGCAUCGCAACCGCUAGAGCCGAACCCGGUCGCAACAUGGACAUGUACAUCGACUACCGGAUCGGCAUCCCCCUCGCAAAAAUAGUCUCGCAUCUGCGCGACCCGACACCACUGGACCGCGACUUCAUCAUCAAAACGGCCACGGAGUUCAAAGCCGAACAUGCGGGAGCCAAGUUCUCAGUGCUGAGGUUGUGGUCGAGUCCACACUUCUACCCGCUCAUGCUCGGCAUGGAUAAGCGGUCCAUGUGCUCGUUCCUCGACGACAGAGGACGGUGCUGGGAAUGGAAGUUCAUCCCCAAGGACAUGCCGUAUAGUGAGUGGAGUGUGCACCAGCAGCUGAGUCUGAGGCUGCAGCCGUAUGAGCAGGUCUGGGGUAAGCAGGUCUGGGUUGCGAAGGAUUUGGUGAUUGUUAUGGGGAGGGAUGAGAAGGAGCUAAGGAGGUUUAGUGAGGGGGUUACGUGGAUGGUGCAAACUAAGCCAUGGAGGCUGGAGGUGGAUUUUUGGAGGAGCUUUGUUAAUGUGGAUGUCAAGUUCCUGGAGGGAUUGGAUCCGAGGUGGUUGUCUUGAGCAGUGUCGAGGUGUGCGGGCUCAUGGGAGUUUGGAGUGAUGGUGUUGUUUGGAUACAAUGUACGCACAAAAUCAACCAGUCAUUACCAAACGUGCUGUUAUUGCCUGAUAACAGGACUCAAGGUGUCCUUAUCUCAAGCAAACUGCUCUUCCCUGCCAAGUUCCGCAAGCCAAUGUGCAAAUAGUGACGCAACUUUGCUUCAGCCUGAUAAAUGUCCUCAGAGGCUCUCGAUACACCACAGAACCUCUUUCACAUGGAAAUCGACUAGAGUUAUCAGAACAUCAACAUCACA